ACACACAAGCUUUGAUCGAUCUCUCCCACACGGCUCAAACGCGCAUACACGUAAACACACAAGCUUUGAUCCUUCUGUUCGCCAUGGACGGCGAGGCGACGAGCUUGAUGAUCUCGCCGGAGAUCCGCGACGCGGUGACGAAGGUUGCCGUGUUCGUGCUGGUGCAGGCGCUGGUCUACCUCAUCCUCCGCAGCUCGUCGAGCGUCUUCUCCAAGGACGGCAAGCUGAGGUCGUCCAUGAGCUUCCGGUCGAUGCGGUCCAUGAGCGUCAGGCGCUUCCUCGCGCCGCUCUCCGACGUCCCCGUCGGCACCGACGAGCCCUGGCCGUCGCCGUCGUCCUCGCCGUCGCCGACCUUGUCGCGCCGCUGGGCUAGCCGCCGCGAGGAUUAAUUGAAGCGGUUAGUGCUAGCUUCUGGGCUCUGGCCAGCUAGGUGCUAGUUUGGUUACUCUGAAGAAACCUGAAUUAUCAUGGGUUGGUUUGGUUUGUGAUUAAUGGAAAUGGAAAAUUUGGGAACUGGGCUCUGAAAGAGGCAGAUUAUUAGAGUGGAUCUUGUAGAUAUGUGGAUUGAAUUAAGUUAAUACUGAAUGGUGGAUUAUUUGAUUCUUUACAAUUUGUCUGCUUUCCUCAAUCUGUAAAUUGGAAGUAUACUAUUCAGAUGGCGUAAAUCUGAAGUUCUUAUGUACAUGCUAAUACAGGAGUAUUAUACUAUACAGUACGAAGUAUUGGAUUGAGA